CUGAAAACUUACCUUCUUUGGAAUUCAAAGUUUUGGCCUUCAAAUUAGAACGAAUUACUUCAAAAACUGUGUUAAAGUGCAAUUAUUUAUUCUGGGAAGAGAAUAGAUUAUAAAACUUGCAAAUCUGUUCUAGUUUUGUGACUAACAGCGCCAUGAAUCUGAGUGGCAAUAGGACUAGAUGGUUUUGGAUCUUUAGGAAGAUCUUGAUCUUGCCUGCUGUCGGAGUCAUUCUACUUCUAUUCGCGACGCCUCGAAAACUCCUCAUGAAUAUGAAAGACGACAUUUCAAUAGAGAAACCGGGAACUAUUGUAGAUUUGAGUAGAAUUGACCUAAAAAGAGAAAAACCAGCUUCUUAUAGGACUGCAAUUGUGCGGAUCUUUGGGAACAACGUUUACCCUUUGCAGCAAAGUAACCAAGGUUCCAGAAACCUGCAGUUUAUUCUGGAAAACGAAAAUAGACGGAAAAACAAUAGCCAGUACUUCUGGGUCGUCAAUCGAAUUGUGAAUAUAUCUGAGUUUUAUACCAUUGAAGAUCUUCUGAGAAGUGAACGGACAUUGCACGUUGAUUUCGAUUUGCAAGAGCUGAAAUCUCGUUAUGGUCGGGAUCCUGAACAAGCUAUAAAGUAUGCCACCGACAUAAACAACGCCAGAAACAAGGCUUUAAAACAUGCUGCCGAAAACCUGGACGUUGAUUGGAUAGUUUUACUAGAUGGAAACUCAUUUCUGACUAACGAGGCAUAUGAUACAUUACACGCUGGCUUGAAAAAAGCAGAACAAAAUAAACAGUAUAUGUAUUUCAUGCCAAUGUACAGGUUGUACUCCAAUCAAGCUUCUUUGAACCAAUAUAGUGUCAUCGAAGGUUUGAAUGUUUAUCUUUCUGGAUUGCAGGAACCCUAUUUAGCGAUACAUCGACUAGCUCUUAAAGAGUUCCAAAGCAGAGGUAUCGAGUUAUUCGAUACUGAUGUCGCAUACGGUAAAAGGAGCAAAAUUGCAUCCUUGGAGGUUCUUGCAAAAUAUUAUUCUGAUCAUAUGGGCUGCCCAGAAGCGUACCAUCAAAGCAGUGUGACAAAAAUAACAAACGCAGGAGAUGAUUUGAGCAUAGCUCUUUCUUGUUCGUAUGUGAUUAGACUACUCUAUUGGCCCGAUGGAUUUGACCAAAAAAUUCGUAAGAAAUUUAGUCUGUUAACAAAACUGAAUGUGUAUGCUGGCAAACUCUUGCAAGAAGGAUCACAUCCGGAAGAGAACAACUUUGUACGCAGCCAGUUACGAAAAGACUCUAUCAAGGAAUUGCAGCGAAAUAUUGAAGAUGUUAUCAAAAAAAUCUAA